AUGACACCUAUGACAAGAUUUAAACGCAGUGCAUGUGCUCUGUUGCAAUCUCUCCCCUCACCGCCUCUCACCGCCCCACACCUCCCCUCACCUCUCUUCACCCCCCCUCACCCCUCCCAAGAUUGCUGCGACGGCAGUGACGAGUACGAUGGCAGGGUGCGGCAGAGGGCGGUGGAGGAGUGGAGGGAGAAGAAGGUGCGGCUGCAGGAGGAGAGAGGGCGGCUGGAGGAGGAGGAGAGAGAGCUACAGGAGAAGGAGAAGAUGGAGAAGAAGGUGCGGCUGCAGGAGGAGCGAGGGCGGCUGGAGGAGGAGGAGAGGGAGCUGCAGGAGAAGGAGAAGGCUCUCAAAGGUAUGUCUGGGUGUGUGCUUGUGCGCAUGUGUAUGGGUGUGAGGCAGAGGCAGAGGGCGGUGGAGGAGUGGAGGGAGAAGAAGGUGCGGCUGCAGGAGGAGAGAGGGCGGCUGGAGGAGGAGAGAGAGCUACAGGAGAAGGAGAAGGUCCUGAAAGGUAUGCAGCGGCAGAGGGCCGUGGAGGAGUGGAGGCAGAAGAAGGUGCGGCUGCAGGAGGAGAGAGGGCGGCUGGAGGAGGAGGAGAGGGAGCUGCAGGAGAAGGAGAAGGUUCUUAAAGAGCCAGGGCGGCUGGAGGAGUUGGAGAAGGAGAAGGUUCUUAAAGGUCCUGACGGCGAGUUUGCUUCAUUCGCCGACCACUGCUUCUCCCUUCAAAGUCAACCAGUUAAGAUGCCAAUCCGCAUGCACCAUGCAUGUCCAUGCCAUGCCAUGCCAUGCAUGCCCAUGCCAUGCCACGCAUUCCAAUGCCAUGCCCAUGCCGUUCUCCAUCCAACCACCAACCUCCCCCUCACUUCCCUCCCCUUCCUCCCCCUUCCUCCCCUUCCUCCCCUUUCCUCCCCCUUUCCUCCCUUCCUCCCCCCUUCCCUCCCCCCCUUCUCCCCCUUCCUCCCCCCUUCCUCCCCCUCCCUCCACCUUGUAAAGCUCGUUUCUCACUUGACCAUCCACCAUGUUGCUCUUGACCCUCUCCUUCCCGUUCCCCCCUUCCUCUAUCCACCUUCCUCUUCCCGUCCCUUCUCUCCCACACCCUCCUCCCAUUCCCCUCCUUCCCAAACCCCCCUCCCAUUUCCCCUCCUUCCCAAACCCCCCUCCCAUUCCCCUCCUUCCCAAACCCCCCUCCCCUUCCCCUCCUUCCCCAAACCCCCCUCCCCUUCCCCCUAUGAUGCGAAGACGCGUCCUGCCGUCCAGACGCAGGACGCAGCGUCUCUGAGCGUCUUUCGCAUCAUAGCCUUCCCCUCCUUCCCAAACCCCCCUCCCCUUCCCCCCCUCCCCUUCCCCCCUCUCCUUCCCCCUCCUUCCCAAACCCUCCUCUCCUUCCGCCUUCUCCCAAGGACACCCGCCUUGCCUCUCCCCCCUCCACACCCUCCCCCUCUCGUCCCCCUCAACCCCAGAUAUGAGUAUGAGUACGAGGUGUGCCCAUAUCGGCAGGUGAAGCAGAAGGAGAAGCACCACUCUGAUACCACCGUGGGCAUUCGGCUUGCUUGCUUUCAUCCUGCUGCAUUCGGCUUGCUUGCUUUCAUCCCUGCUGCAUUCGGCUUGCUUGCUUUCAUCCCUGCAGCAUUCGGCUUGCUUGCUUUCAUCCCUGCAGCAUUCGGCUUGCUUGCUUUCAUCCCUGCUGCAUUCGGCUUGCUUGCUUUCAUCCCUGCUGCAUUCGGCUUGCUUGCUUUCAUCCCUGCUGCAUUCGGCUUGCUUGCUUUCAUCCCUGCUGCAUUCGGCUUGCUUGCUUUCAUCCCUGCUGCAUUCGGCUUGCUUGCUUUCAUCCCUGCAGCAUUCGGCUUGCUUGCUUUCAUCCCUGCAGCAUUCGGCUUGCUUGCUUUCAUCCCUGCAGCAUUCGGCUUGCUUGCUUUCAUCCCUGCUGCAUUCGGCUUGCUUGCUUUCAUCCCUGCUGCAUUCGGCUUGCUUGCUUUCAUCCCUGCAGCAUUCGGCUUGCUUGCUUUCAUCCCUGCUGCAUUCGGCUUGCUUGCUUUCAUCCCUGCUGCAUUCGGCUUGCUUGCUUUCAUCCCUGCUGCAUUCGGCUUGCUUGCUUUCAUCCCUGCAGCCGCUGGUGAAGCUGGAGUGAAGCUGGAGUGCGGACUGAAAACAGGGAUCAAGUCAGUGGAGGAGCCAAGCCGAUGCGAGUACGAAGCGGUGCUCGUGACGACUGCAGUGUGCAACGCAGAGCUGGCACAGGAGCUGGAGAGGCAGCUGAAGCAGAUGGAGGAUGAUUUGGCUGGUCACGAUGAGCUGUAA